AAUAUUUUGUUUUAAGUCUAAAGCAGAGUCCAAAUCUUGAUCCACUUUGCUGCUAUCGUUUUACUGUCCAAGUGAUUUAUUCUGAAAGCUCUCUUCACCUGAGAACCUUGUUUACACUUACGUUAGUGCGAAAGAGAGACAACACGACGAAUGUGACAACCAAGUGACAACAUAUAAACCAUAAUCGCCAACUGUGUAAACCAAGCCUUUUGUACCGUUUACAUCAUGGAUGUGUACUAAGUUGCAAUCUGUUAAUCUGAUACUGUCUCUUUCUAUUAUGGUAAAAAGGAACGGUAACGAUAAGGAUAAACGAAUGACGGAGCUAUGUAAAAUUUUUCUACGUUUUAUCAUUUAGAGUAUUUUGUGCUACUGACUGCUAUUUGGUGUACUACGACAUUGUACCAACCACGUUGACCUUAUCAUUCCAUACGAUAAGCGUGUUCUCAUAGGUCCUUUGAAAUAAUUCAUUUGCAAAACAUAUAGAAAUAAUUUUCGGAUCUACCCAAUAGUGUUCACAGAGCUGUGAUCUUUCUUACCGUGAUAACCAUGCCUGAUUCAUUUUCGUGCAUCACCUGCCAAGUGUUGUUCAAAAGCCCAGAAUUGCAGCGGGAGCAUUACAAGUCUGACUGGCACCGAUAUAAUUUGAAGAGGAAGGUUGCCGCGAUUCCCUCUGUAACGCUGGAAGAGUUUGAAACGCGAGUGAAGGAACACAGGGAGCAGGCGCAGGACGAGAACCGUGAUGAUUCACAUUAUUGCAAGUGUUGCUCAAAGUUAUUCAAUACGACCAAUGCUUACAACAACCACCUGAACAGCAAGAAGCACAAGUUAGCGCAAGAGAAGGCUCAGGAGGUGUCUGACCACAGUAACCACUCAGACACAGAUAGUUUCGUAAAGGUAGACGCGCCUGAAGCCGCAGGAGCAGCUAAGAACUCUGAUGACAGGGUUAAGUUUACACUCGUCAACACUCAUGGGUCUGGAGACGAGGAUGCCGAAACAGCGUCAGAAAUAGAGGAGCUAGAUUCAGAUGAGUGGGAUGAAUGCCGUAUUAAAGGUAGUGAUUCACUCAUCAAGCCGCAAGAUUGUCUGUUUUGCUCUCACCACAGCAAGAGCAUGGUGAAGAAUUUGAAACACAUGUCUGAGGCACACUCAUUCUUCAUUCCUGAUGUGGAGUUCUGUGUUGACAUCAGAGGUCUUCUGCUGUACUUAGGAGAGAAGAUCUCUCAAGGAUAUAUGUGCCUUUGGUGUAAUGAGACUGGUCGUACAUUCUACUCGAUGGAAGCUGCCCGUGGACAUAUGGUGGACAAAGGCCACUGCAAGAUGCUACAUGAAGGUGUGGCUUUGGCAGAAUAUGCAGACUAUUAUGAUUAUAGUGCCUCUUACCCCGAUCAGAAGGAAGGGGAUGAAGACAUGGAUGUGGAUGAGGAGGUGGAAGGCCCGGCGACACUGGAAGGUGACGAUUUCCAGUUGGUGCUACCAUCCGGUGUUACUGUUGGCCAUCGGUCACUUAUGAGGUACUACAAGCAAAACCUGACGCACAGCAGCGGGGCGCUGGUGAAGAAGUCGGACCGCAAGCUGCAUCGGCUGUUGGGCGUGUACCGCGCGCUCGGCUGGGCGCCGCGUGACCAGGCGCUCGCUGCCAAGAACGCGCGCGACAUCCACUUCAUGAAGCGCGUGCAGGCCAAGUGGCAGAUGAAGCUCUCCCUCAAAAGCAACAAGUUCCAGAAACAUUACCGCGCGCAAGUCAACUUCUAACCUGCCUCACUCCGCGGGACUCAACGCUUAUCGCUAUGGAUAACACAUUUACACUCUUUCACUUACAUGGUUGUCGGAACGUGACGAAUGCCUUAUCCACGGCGAGAAGUGUUAUAAGCACUUUUCUUUCACAUUACUGUUGUUACACAACAUCCCUACCACUUAACUGGGACCGUUUAUAAGGUGAUUUUCUAGUAGUCUGUAGCUUUGUUUGCGACUAAUUCUAGUUAAACCGCCCUUAUUUAAAAAAUAAUUGAAAUUCCACCAAGUACACAUAUAAAGGUUACUGCAAUGGAAAAAAAACAUUUUUGCUUAAGUACAGUCAGCGUCAAAUACUUCGUAGCAGUCAAAGUGGCCAAAUAGUUCGGUACACCAUACUAAAUAUAUGGUGUAUCGAAUUAUAAAUAGUUCGGUACACCAUACUAAAUAUAUGGUGUACCGAACUAUUUGGCUACUUUGACUGCUACGAAGUAUUUGACGCUGACUGUACUUAAGCAAAAAUGAAUAAGACUUUUACUUCAUAAAUAUUUAUAUUAUUUUACUGAUCACGACACAAAUCCAUUGCACACAUCCAUGUUGUCAACCAUAAUAAAUUCACACGAACCAUCUCAGUUAAGCGGUACAUCAAUUUGAUAAAAUCCUCCAGAGAGUGCCAUUGUCUCGCACAUUUCGUUGGCAUAGACAAUGCAAUGACAAUAUAUUGUGCAAUGAAGUCAAUAUUGCUAAAUGUGUUAACCAGAGUCCAUAGAAAUUCAAUGUCAGAAGAACAGAUGACUGUUAUUAUAACUCGAGUUGAAGGUUCCUAAGAACUAAUUUAGCUAUAUUUAAUAGUCUAAUUUUCCUCCACUGUCACAUUUGAAUGAAACAUGCUGUACAUUGUUUAAAUUCAUGAUGCUUAAGACGAUAGGGCACACCGCCCCGAAACCGCCUAUCCAUAGAAACGUAUUCCCCAUAUUCUCUCUGGAUAUUAACAUUAUUGAAAACAUUUUUAUAAAAUUUGAUGUAUUUUGAUCAUAGCUAUUUAAAAUUUGUAUGAAACCUGGUUUUCGCUCUUAUCUAUUAUAAUAACUAAAAAAACCGGCCAAGUGCGAGUCGGACUCGCGCUCUAAGGGUUCCGUAUAUAUCACGAUUUUUAAAUAGUGGCUCUGCCAACUGUUAACCUCACGAUAGACUUAAUAUAACUAAAAACAGACUACAAAAAAAAUCUGCAUCACGUACCUAUAUCAGGCGUCGCCCGACUAUACUCUUAUUAGGUACCUACUACAAGGGCAUCGGAUCACGAGCAGCGCGCCCUGUUAGUUGCCCCGUUAAUAUGAGUAAGGUAAAGGCGCCCACCUUUGGUGCUUAGGACUUUACGUCGGCCUUUACUCGCCUCUUUUAGCAUGAGGACGCCAUAGGCGUCCGACACUGGCCUGCGCGCAGCGCGCCUCGAAUGUCAAGCUUCUCAGUCCAAGGUUCAAGGGCGCUUCAAAAAACUAAAGCGCGCGCACCGCGUCUAAUAUAUAUACGUCAGGAUUUUCCGGUAUUAAGGGCGUCGAAGGCGCUGUGCACUGUUCAUUACGGUUUGCCCAACUCUUUUUGUAUGAGUGCACCGAAGGAGCCUGGCAGAACCCGCAGCGCGGCCCCACGAAGCCCGGCCCUAUCAGUACCAGAGCGCCCCAGAGGGCCUACCGCGAACCACGUUCGAAGUGUUACCUACCUGUCACACUUACGUACGAAUUCACAAGUGCAACAGAGAGUCAACACGUCCAACGUGGUUCGCGGUACGCCCUCAGGACAGGAGCGCUCGCAGCGGGCUUCGUUCUGCUUUGUAGCAUGUGGGCGUUGUAUGGUUGUCAAAUUAUAAUGAGUACUUAUUUUAAAGAGAGAGAGUGAGAGGGUUAGAGUUAGCUUUAUUGGACGUUCAUAAUUACGAACAUUGUAAUAUGUCCACUUGAAAAUAUCUUUUUUUAUCCAAAAGAUUUUUUUGAUACAUGUUUUUAUCGCUGAAUGUACUUUUGUUUCCAAAGGCGAAAGGCUAUACGUACUCAUCGAGACAGGUUGCGUUGUUUAUCACAGAGGUCUAAUGGCCACCUCCUGUCUCCAUCAUCAGAUCAGCUCGAUUAUGAUAGAAGUUUUUGAGGAAUGAGAUGUACAUACAUACAUAUACAUCCUCAUGCAGUAUAUAUGUUUUGCUUUGCUGUAGUCGGGUAAAAUAUAUAAAAAAAUACUUACAUCGUUGUCAUCAUCGCGAACUCACAAUAGUCCUUAGCGUCAGAGACCUUAAAGGCGCUUAAGUCCUUUGAGCCAAUCAUCGCUAUUUUUAACUAAUUCCAAAAAAAACUAAACAAACAGAAAUUUUAAAUAACUCAAACCUGCUCACAAAAUUUCACCAGGUUUAGUAACAUCUCACCUUCGCAGCGACAAUUAGUGCAUCUCAUAACUUAAGUUUUUUUUUUCAAAGUCCGACUUACGCUUGACUGUAGAGUUCUAAUAGGUUUUCCUGUUAUCUUUAGGUGAACAACUAUUAUGUGUAUGUUUUCAAAAUUUUAGACCCAGUAGUUUCAGAGUAGUGGUCAUUUAUUGCCUAUUUCCUUGAAUAACUUCUAAAAUAAUUAUUUAAAGAUUAUGAAAUAAAAAUUCAGAUUGUCUUAAUGAGCCCUUUAAUUUGAUUUAUAGCACGAUAUAGUUUGCAAAACUAUUAUUUUUAAAUUUCUUGUUUACCCCCCAAAGGUGCCCUCUAUAUUCAAAAUUCACUUGCAUUCAGUUGCAUGUCCGUCUUUGGGUCACAGAUUUACAUAUAUGUACCAAAUUUCAACUUUAUUGGUCCAGUAGUUUCGGAGCAAAUGGGCUGUGACAGACGGACAGACAGACACACGAGUGAUCCUAUAAGGAUUUCGUUUUUUCCUUUUGAGGUACCUACGGAACCCUGAAAAUAGAAAAUAAUCAAACGGUCGGGCACAGCUAUGAUUAAAAUACAUCAAAUUGUGUACAAAUAUUAUCCAUAAUGUAAAUAUCCAGGGAGCAAAAUGAGGACUACGUUUGUAUGGAGAAUCGAUCGUAGCCUUUCCUCUUAAUAACUACGAAACGUAUAUUGUGAAGUUACUGAACUGAAAGUUACAGAUUUACGAAGGUAGAAUAUGUAUCCACGCAUAAAUGAAUACUUGUGUUAUAUAGGUAAUGAUGCAAUAAUUAAUAUGAUGUUAUCAAAUCGACUACAAUAUAAUUAUGUAUAUAUUUUUCUCGGUUGAGACCGUAGUACUCCAUAGUACACGGUGUGACGGUGUAGCUUCCAGUAUGGUUUACACGAGUCCUGUGGUCCUGUGACUCGCAAUGACCCCCAUGCGAGUAAUCUAAUCAUCGAUAAAGUUUUAUUUCUAUUUUUAAACGUAUGACUGUAAGUCGGGUGUGCCCUUACACAAUAUUAGCCAGGAAACCAGAAUGGACAAUAUUAACCCAAACCGCUACAAUGGUUAUCAGUUAUCACUGUUUGGAGACAGAUAUCAAUGAUUUUUCCGAAAUCAUUGAUUUUACGCUGAACAUAGAUGGGGGUCAAAUAAGGUACUAUAAUCCGUGCCCUGAAUGUAUGUAAUUUUUUUUACGGAUUGACAUUUUACUAGUGGGCAGGUGUAGUAUGUUACCCUUUAUCAGGCUGACAGUUAAAAAAUGACAAUCGAAUGUCAGUCUUAUUCAUUGGAAAUUAGUUACUUGCUAGUAGUGUUCGGCGAGUGGCGAUUUUUUUUUCUUUUGCUAUUCAUGUUGACGACUGACGAAUCUCUCGAAAAUGAACUGACUCGUCAAGAAAAGCAAAAUGCGUGUAAGUAAACACGUGCACACCCACCCUACCAAACCCUUCUCUCUCUGCCGCCACUGUACUCGGUACAUGUGAUCAGGGCAUAAGGUUCGAAAAUAAUUUACUUCCACAAAAUGUUUUGGCUAUUGAGGAAAUGCUUUGUAAUAUUUCAUUAUAUACAAUAAUGUACUUAUUCUAUUCGGUGGCGCGGCGCCAAAAUUAUCAGAAGGCAAGCCGAAGCUAAUUUUACUUAACCACCUAGACGUAACAUUUGGUGCUCUAUUUACAUAUUCACGAUUCAUCCUUCAUUCACGAGCACUUUUAAAACACAAAUAUGUGAAUCCUACCUUGAAUUGGGAAUAUUCCUGUGAUCGAACACCACAAAGUAUUUGAGCCCCACUGUCGUUGCGUACGUGCUGAUUUGACAAAUUAGUACGGAGUUGCACGCGGUCAAGCCUUCGUAAAUGAACUCCUUGGUUUGAUAUCUAUAUGGAACCAUGUAUAAAUUGUCACCUCUUGUUCCUUAAACGAUGUAUUUAAAUAUGCUGCCCUGUAUGUCCCUCACAAUGGAAUCUAUAGAAAAUGGCUACCUCUAAAUAGUGAUUAAUAGUUAAUCAUAUUUUAACGAAAUAUACAUUUUGUAGGUAAACAUGUAAUGAACCACGAAAUAUUCUAAAUAGAUCAUAACCAUCAAA